AUGACUACAAUCGUACAACUCUUUUUCUCUUGUCAGUUUUCAAGUUUUACUCGAUUUGUUGCACAUUCUCUCGCUAUAAUUUCCUACAUAAUCAUUUAUUCCUGCUUUCCUUUUUUCUUCUUCAAACGCCUGUGUUUCCAUCCACCCCUUCUCUCUCUCUCUCUCUCUCUCUCUCUCUCUCUCUCUCUCUCUCUCUUUAACAUAUACUUAUUUAGUUACUUUUUACCUUCUUUCUCUCUCUCCUCACUUUCUCUCACUACUCCUUGCUACUUCCUUUUAUUUAUAUCUUCUUUUUUGUCAAUCUCUCUUUACGUUGCUCAAUCUUCAUUCUCUCAGAUCACAAUUCUCUUAAAAAGACUUUUAUUACAUCUUCUCUCUCCUUUUCCUUGGUCACCUUUCGCUUUCACUUCCUAUCGUAACACCAUUACCAUAUUGGCUCUGAUUCUAAUAAUAAUUUUCGUUCCUACUCUCUCUCUCUCUCUCUCUCUCUCUCUCUCUCUCUCUCUCUCUGACACCAACACCUUUACUCUCUCCCCUUCUCCCACCAUUACUCUCUCCCAUUCUCCAACCCUUCUUUCUCCUUCUUCCACCCAUUCUCUCUCACACACUCUCUGCCGCCUUCCCACUCACUCUUUUCUUAAUUUUCCUUCAACAUCAAAUGUUCAAAAAUAA